AUGUUGUUUAAUUUUUCAGAUAUAAAAUGUGAAACUCCAGCAAUAGUCAAGCCAUUUGUUUGUGAAAAGUAUGAUAAAUCAUGUGACCCAGCUGUACAGAAUUGUGAUACAGUUGAAGAAUGUAAAACUUACACACCUGAUGGAGCUGGAGCAUGUUAUGCAUCAUGGAUCAAUGGAUCUGAUGGUUUCCAAACUGUAAAGAAAGGAUGUUGGCUGAAUUUUGAAAACUGUCUUAAUGAAACAGAAUGCAUUGAAGAUGCUCCUAACAAGCAAGUUUACUUCUGUUGUUGUCGUAAGCCAUUAUGUAAUGGUAAUUUGAAUUUAAGACCUUUGAGUCAUCCACCUAGUACCACUACAAGUUCUACAACUAUAGUGCGAGAGUCAGGAGAAAGACAAUUGAUGCACACCUUAAUGUACUCUAUUGUACCUAUCCUAGCGGUAGCACUAUUGAUAGUGGUUAUAUUUGCUAUGUGGAGGUGGUAUCAGCGUCGAUCAACAAUAUAUCAUCAGCAGCUUCCUACAGCAGAUCCAGCCCUUCUUAAUACACCAAAUGACGAGGCGUUGAGACCACUACAGUUAAUAGAAUUGCGUGCAAGGGGCAGGUUUGGUGCAGUGUGGAAAGCCCAGCUUUUAAGUGAAUUUGUUGCAGUCAAAAUAUUCCCACUACAGGACAAAUUAUCAUGGGUGUCUGAACAUGACAUUUAUGUUCUACCUCAGAUGAAACAUGAAAACAUUUUGAAAUAUAUUGCAGUAGAGAAAAGAGGUGAAAGUUUGAACACUGAGUUGUGGCUUAUUACAGAAUUUCAUGAGCGUGGAUCAUUGAGUGAUUAUUUAAAAUCACACACAAUCACAUGGAAUGAAUUAUGCAAAAUUGCUGAAAGCAUGGCUCGAGGUCUUGCUUAUCUUCAUGAUGAAAUACCUGAAAGUAAAGACAGAUUAGCUAAACCAGCAAUAGCACAUAGAGACUUUAAGAGUAAAAAUGUAUUAUUAAAAUCAGACUUAACUGCGUGUAUAGGUGAUUUUGGUUUAGCUUUAAAGUUUGAACCUGGUGUCAGUCCAGGUGAAACUCAUGGCCUGGUUGGAACCAGGCGAUAUAUGGCCCCAGAAAUAUUAGAGGGAGCGAUAUGCUUUAACCGUGAUGCAUUUCUCAGGAUUGAUAUGUAUGCUUGUGGUUUAGUUAUAUGGGAGUUGAUUAGCCGGUGCACAGCACAUGAUGGUCCCAUUGAUGAUUAUGUAUUGCCAUUUGAAGAAGAGAUAGGUGCUCAUCCUUCCUUAGAGGAAAUGCAGGAAAUGGUUGUAACCCAAAAAGUACGACCAACUGUGAAAGAUCAUUGGCUUUCUCAUCCAGGUUUAUCUGCAUUGGUGUCAACAGUUGAAGAAUGCUGGGAUCAGGAUGCUGAAGCCAGAUUAUCUGCAGGUUGCGUACAAGAACGUAUAUCUCAACUAUCUCGAAAUGUAAAUAUAUCUACCUCUAUUAAUCAGAUGCCCGAUGUUGUUAUACCUCUGGAUAUGGAACUUCCUUCAAAAGACAUAAGUAUAUGA